GGGCGGGUGUGAUCGGUGUCCCAGUGCCACUGCCCUCCGCGGCACAGCCCCGGGGCCUCGCCCCGCUGCCCCGUUCUGAGGCGCCUCUUGGGCCCGAACACGGGGUACAAUGAUCAUCCCGGUGCGGUGCUUCACCUGCGGGAAGAUCGUUGGGAACAAAUGGGAAGCGUACCUGGGGCUGCUGCAGGCUGAGUACACGGAAGGAGAUGCCCUGGAUGCCCUUGGCCUGAAGCGUUACUGCUGCCGCAGGAUGCUGCUGGCCCACGUGGAUCUCAUUGAGAAGCUUCUGAAUUAUGCACCCCUGGAGAAAUGAGAUGGAUAAAGUACCGUGGGGCAAGCCCUGGGGAACCUGUCUCGAGUUCCAAACUGGACUUCAGACAGUAAAUGGUAAAAGCCAUCAUUAGCAGAAGCAGAAAUACCACCCCAACCAACUGUGCUCUCUCAGGGAAACAAAGGAAGGAGGAUGAAGUCCAUUCAGCCAAGAUUUGGAGCUUGAAUGAAAAGUUUGGAUGCUUCUUUUUAAUGCUGUGUCUGUUUAAUUCUGUUUCACAAACUUUUAGGUGCAUCCACCAGCUAAAAUAGGUGUUUGUUCAUGUAGAGAAAUUGCUCCAUUUCAUUAAAAUGUUGAAAUAAAGGAGGUGUUUCCUUGCAGCCUUC